AGUACUAGAUUUCGCUAAAACAAACUAAAAAAUCAAGAAUUUAAGUCUAGAAUUACAUUUCUCGAUCAUUUUAGAGCGUUUUUCAGCUACAAACGCAAAUAUUUCGCAAAAUUCUGUUGAAAACAAGUGGAAAAAUCAGAGAAUUAAUCCGAAAUGUAUGUCAUUUUUGUUUCUUCAAGAGUUUAAGCGGAUUUUUAAGCGUUUUUUCGCGAGAUUUUGCUAUUCAAAUCGUAAUCUGGUGAAAAUUUGGCGAAUUUUUCAACUCGGCUCUGGUGAACUUUGUUUUUGAUCUGGCAACACUGAUGUAAGAUUGCGCAAGAUUUUGAAACAAGAAAAUCAGUAAAAAAAAACAUUUAUUUACAGAUUGAGUAUUCACAUAAAAAUUACAACAGCUUAUGCAAAAAAUCAGUCUCGGAAAUAGCAAAAAUUCCUAUAACUAUUACAAUUAGAAAUCAAUUACUUCAUUUUUUUUCUUCCACUUCGCCACUGUUGUGGGGUUUUCCCGUCCUUGUGAUGGGGAUGGCCCUCCCCUCCUCGCCCUCCUUGGCGAUCCUGGGGGCCGUGAUGGUCAAGACCCCGUCCGUGGACAACGUCGACUCCAACUUGUUCACAUCAUGGCCUUCGGGGAGGACAAACCUUCUGACGAAGUGCCUCGAGACGUAAUUCUCGCCCUCUUGGUGCUCCUGUUUGCCCUCGACGGUCACGGUGUUGUCUUCGGAGACUUUAAUGGAGAUAUCCUCGGGCUUGAAGUGCUGGACGUCGAGAUCCGCUUGGAAUUUUUGGCGGCCGAAGGUGACCGAAGACUCGAUGUUGGGGGCGGCGAACUGCCUCCAGGGCCGCCACAGACGGAGGAAGUAGCGCAUGUCGUGAGAGAACACCGGGUAGAACAUUUCCACGCUUUGAGUGCUUGAAUUCGACUGGGAAAGCGCCAGGAGUGAGCGUUAUUUAUAGGCGAGAGGAGGGUUCGGGAAAAUUCCAGAAAAAUCUAUGGGAGAAUUUUCCAGGAAAAAGCCACUUUAUCACAAAUAUUUAUCCAAUUCAUCAUUUUAAAUUAAAAAAAUUGGCGCCAGUGAUAACAUCCAUUGAACGUAAACCCUUUCUAGAAAUUUCUCCCACUCUUGCACCGCACUCACUUGUUUCAUUACCAACCAAACUCAUUCCCCGUCAAAAUGUCACUGCUGCUCCUGGAUCCGUUCAAAUUUUUCGAAAAUGACGAUUCUUUCGAGUUGAACUUGAACGUCCGCGACUUUAAACCCGAGGAGCUUUCUGUGAAAAUCACCGAAGAUAAUUUUCUCGUCGUUGAAGGUAAACACGGGGAGAAAAAGGAUAAAGAUGGCUCGAUUUCACGCCACUUUAUUAGAAAAUGUGCGAUUCCGAGUGGUUUCGACGUGGGGAAAGUCCAAUCGAGGCUUUAUUCUGACGGAAUUUUGGUGGUGAGUGUAUCACGGGUGGAUGUGAAAAGUCGGAAAAUUCCGGUGGUGAGGGUGAAAAAUGAGGCUCCGGUGGUGAAAGCCAAGUUGUGAGUGUUUUGUUAUAUUUUUUAUAAUUGUAAUUUUGUAAAUAAAGAAAUUAGAGU